CUAUUUAUUUAUUUUGUUUCCGUCGGUUCUGUCUAAUUAACCCAGAAUAGGUGCAUAGGAACACCGUUCACGCAUCUCUCGGGACAGUAAUUCCUCGGUGGCACAAUGUCCAUCGCCAACCCAAAAUGCCGAAAAUCGUCAAUACUGCGUCAAAAAAUCGAUUUAUCUACUUCAAACUCUCUCUCUCAGGAUCUGAAAUCUGCAUCUCCCGAUCCGAUCCUCCUCAGAUCUGCUAGAUCUCUCCUCGACUAUUCUCACAACAUUUUUCAUUGGUAAUUUCAGCUAUGGAUUUCAUGAAAGUCUUCGAUCAAGCAGUCAGAGAAAUAAAGAGGGAAGUAAACAUAAAAGUCCUCAAGAUUCCGGAGAUUGAGCAGAAGGUUCUUGAUGCGACAAGUAAUGAACCCUGGGGUCCUCAUGGGUCUGCCUUAGCAGAAAUUGCACAGGCCACCAAAAAAUUCACCGAACGCCAGAUGAUUAUGGAUGUACUCUGGACAAGAUUGACUGAAACUGGCCGAAACUGGCGCUAUGUUUAUAAGGCACUCACUGUAAUAGAGUAUUUAGUGGCAAAUGGAUCUGAACGUGCACUUGAUGACGUCCUAGAACACACUUUCCAGAUCUCAUCAAUCUCAGGUUUUGAAUAUGUCGAGCCAAAUGGAAAGGAUAUGGGAAUCAACGUGAGAAAGAAGGUUGAAACCAUUUUGGCCCUUUUGAAUAGCAAGGAUAAAAUACAAGAAGUUAGAAACAAAGCUGCUGCAAACCGUGAUAAGUAUUUUGGACUGUCCUCAACUGGAAUAACUUAUAAGUCAAGUUCAGCCUCACAUGGUAGCAGCAGUUUCUACCGGGACAACCAUUAUGGAGGCCUUGGUAGUGCAAGAGAGGGUGAAACAUUCAAGGAUGGUUACAAAUUGAGAUACCGAUAUGGUGAUGAAACUGACUGGAAUCAUGGCAACAGAGAUGGCUUCAGCAAAGAUGGUCAUGGUAAGUCACAACCACGAAGCAACCUUAGCAAUGAAAAUGAAGGGAGCAACUCAAAGAAGGGAUCAGCAUGCCAUGGCAGGGGUCAAGAUGAUAACCAUGAUCCUAUCCCCUCUUCUCAGAGCUCGAGUGCACCCCCAACUAAUACUGAGGAUGACUUUGAUGACUUCAACCCACGGGCAUCUUCUACUGCUGGAUCAACUGCCAAAAAAUCUAACCAAGUCAAUCUAUUUGGUGAAAGUUUGAUUGGCGACCACAUGGACGCUCCUGUUCCAACCAAAACUACUACCACAAACAGCAAUGCCUUGAUUGACAUCGAUCUGUUUGCAGAUGCAACAUUUGUGUCAGCCUCACUUAAUGUUGAAGCACACUCUGGCUCUCAUACUCAGGCUAAUGUUGAUCUCUUUGCCCAGUCUGCCUUUCUUCCUGCAUCUUCUUCAUCUAUAGACUUUUUUGCUGCACCAGACUCUACCAUGCCAACUGAAACAGAUUCUACUUUGCCAACUGAAACCAAGUCAACUAAGCCUGAGUCUGCAAACCCCAACACUGUUGAUCUAUUUGCCACGAAGCCUGUCAACAAUUUUGAAGGAUCCGACAUCUUUGGCGACUUCACUUCUCAUACUGUCUCAGUGUCCACAGAACCACCACAAAAUUCUGCCAAUGAAGGCCUCGGCAUCUCAAACCAGAACACCUCAACGCAGUCUAAGACCCCAGUGAAGAAGGAUACUUUCCAGGUCAAAUCUGGGAUAUGGGCAGAUUCUCUAAGUCGUGGAUUGAUUGAUCUGAAUAUAACUGCUCCCAAGAAGACAUCUCUAGCAGAUAUUGGUAAUGUUGGCAGGCUAAGUGGUGGAGUGGAUGAGAUGGAGAAGGGCCCACCAACUUCAGUUUACAUGGGAAGAGCCAUGGGUGUUGGGUCAGGCAUCGAUAGAUCAGGGUUUACACCAUCACCAGCAGGAGUGGGAAUGGGAGGAGAUGGGAGCCUCUCAAAACUGGGCCAAUAUUAGUUUGGAAGCUUCAAAUGAUUUCUUAUAUAUAUUUAUAUUCACAAUUGAUCAAUUCAGAGUUGUUAAAUUCCUUGAGUGCUUGGUGUGCUCCAUGUUAUUGUUCUAAUAUACAUUAUGCUGGGUUUUGAAUACUGUUGAAGGAAAUGCUUAUCUCAUUGUCAAAUUUCAAUAAAGGAUGGAAAUGCUCCCCCAAAAUCUUUUAUGAGAAAUGCUUCCUUUUUUCCUA